CCAACAUGAAUCAGACCUUUACCAGCAUCUUUCUUCAUCUUUUGCGUCAUGGUUUGUGUCGUUUUCUGUCCUCUGGCCCUUUGUCCAUGCCCCGUCAGACCAUGCAAUGUCUGCUUGGUAUAUUGAUCGUUCGCAUGAUUCUUACUUGACUCAGAUUGAUCUGCCUGACAAACGUGCUUUCAUCUCCGGAGCUUGCAGAGUUUACAUGCCCAGCCAAACCAUUCUUCUUUGUUCAAUUGGUUUGUGAAUCACACGCAGCAGCCCGUUUGUCAUCUUGGAUCUGCACAAACAGAUUCAGCAACAUGGUUCAAGUUUGUGCCCGUUGAUACAAACGAUGACUGGCAGAAUGAGCAAACAUGAGCGCAACAUCGCCUGCCCAAUAUAUCUCAGGUGUCUGCCAUUGAACAACAUGAGGUUCUAUCGUACAGCAUUUUCUUACCAUCUGAGCCGACACCAGAAUCAAGAUGUCCGGUCGUGGCUACAACCAGUCCGGUUGGCGCCGUGACGGGAACACUUACAAAGGGCGCAACUUUCAACACAACAGUUACGGCAACAGAACCAGCGGUCAGGACAGCUUGGUCGGCAAGACGCAAAAUCUCAGCCUCAACGACGACGGAAAAUUCCUCUUCGCCAACCACUUCGCCGUCUCAUUUGGGAAAACUGAGGAGGUGUACGACUAUGAAUUGACUUUCACGGAGGAAGGAAAAGCUGCAACUGCCGGCAAGCCGGCGGGUACAAACAGCGGCAAUGUUAUUGGUCAAGCAGAGAGGUCUGAGAAAGUGCCCAAUGUCAAGAAGAAACGCCUUGUCUGUCUCCUAUUCGACCGUCUGCGCUUGAGACGUGCAGUCGCAACCGACUUUGUCACACGAAUUAUCUCUCUUCAUCCGUUGGAGAUAGGGAGCUUACCACAAGAUAAUGUGUUCGAAUACUACGACGAAUAUCAGGAUCGACCCGCCGCCAACUGCAAGCGUUAUACCAUCACAAUCGGAGAACCAACAGUUGUCUCAUUCAGAAAUUUGCUCGCAUCUCUCAGCCUGCAAGGGCCACGAGGACCGUCUGACACUGAAACGGAAAAGAACAAACUUGCUGCUGUCGAAGCUUUGAAUAUAAUUUUCAGCUUCCCUUCAUAUUGCGACUGCUUCCCUCAACAAUACCCACCAGAGAUACCGCGGAUGACCACUUCGAAUGGACAUUACUUCUAUGGAGUGGUGACGCACCUCAAUCAAGAGACUGCCACGGGGCCUUAUUUUUCCAGUACUGGAGGGCUCUACAGUAUCCCUGGCUUUUCGAGGAGCGUUCGAACCGUCGUCAGUGCCAAGGGCAAUAUCGACCUCAACAUCAAUACCACGACGGCGAAUUUCUGGCAACAUAGCUUUUAUGAUGAAAAUGGCGUCAAACAAGUUGGGACGGUGCAAGACAUAAUCGAAGCCUGGACAGAAUUCCACUAUGAUUCGGAUCAUUCGCAACUCGAUUCUUUCCUGAAAGGGCUGCCUGUUAGGGUCCUUCCACACAUCAACAAUAUCGACAAAUUCGGCACCGUCAGAGGUCUCGACCAUGCUAGAGACCCGCAAAUCGCCAACGCAUGUCACAUGAAGCUCAAGGGAGUACAGAAUAAUCUUGGCAUGGUAAACGACUAUUACUAUCGACUGGAACGUUGGGAAAUGGACCACAACAUCUACGUUGUUUUGAUCGGCAAGGACGACCCUAAUACGCAUACAACCAUACCUGCAAAUCGGUUGGAAGUUCUGCCCGGACGAGUCAACAGAAGCCAAGCUGAAAAACCGUCUGGAGCGAUCAGACCACCGAGGAAGAACUACCAGAUGAUCACUAACAAGGGUUGGCAGACGUUCUGUCCUCCAGGUGCAGCCGGCGAAGGAGGUGCAACAGACUUCGGCUUGUCGCUUGACCACAAGAUGGCACAAGUUUCCGUCAAGAUCGUCGACCCACCGGCUCUUCGAUACGGUCGGCGUCAUGGUCCAUCACAAAACUCAGACAAUCCGGUCAGUGAAUCUGAUUGCAAAAAUGGGUCAUGGAUGUUGAAAGAUGUAUCUUUCGUCAGACCGGCGCGCGGAAAGCGAUGGACUUGUUUCGAAAUGACCAAAAGUGAUGGUGCGAUAAAAAGCCCCAUCAACCAGCUUGACAAGUUCCGUACAUCCCUUGAACAGGAUAUCGGAAAGUAUGGCAUGAAAGAGAUGCGUUUUGAGAAUCCAGGUUUCCCAUACGCCCAUGGCCUCAGGUGGCAGGAUGAUCGUCUUUUGCCUGCGGAAGUCGACACCGGAAGCAUUGAAAGGCAAUAUGAGGCAAUCAAAGCCCAGCUUCAAGUGCUGAAACGCAAAGGAGUCAACCUCGCCGUCAUCAUCCUGCCGAAGUACCACAUUGGUCUUUACACUGCAAUCAAGCAAGCUGGUGAUCAAGAAGUCGGCAUCGCGACAGUGUGUCACUACAUCCGCAAAGAGCGACCGCCAAAAGACAAUCCCAGAAAGGACCCUCUCGACUGGACACCAAAUUGGACACCCGACUGUCUGGCAAAUCUUUGCAUGAAAAUCAACUUGAAGCUCGAUACUAACGCCGCAAAUCAAAUUCUUCAUGGCAUUCCGGAUGAGGCCGAUUUUGUGAGUGAAACAAAGCCUUCAGCCGGAGGAGAUGGAAAGGGCAAAGGUAAGGCGGCAGAUGGACCGAGGCCACCAGCUUCGACUGGACCGGUGGCUGCUCCAGGGAACGCCAAGUCGAGCACUGCAGUGAAACCAGACGUCCUCCCGUGGUCGAAAAUCGCGGCAACGUCAACUCCACAGUCUCCAAGUGCAACGACGGUGGCCAAGCCAGCCAGUGCAAAGGCGACAACAAGUGUUGCACAAUUCACGCCAGUAGCAAAACCAUUGCAGUCAGCGCAAACAGUGCAGCACUCACAGCCAGUGGCGCAAACGAAAUCCAGUCCUAUGACAGAUCCUAGCAAGGGAAGCAGGUCAGCCGUCCUGACCAGACGAAGCAUGAUCAUCGGCAUUGAUGUCACACAUCCUGGUGCAGGACAUGUCAAAGGUUCUCCAAGUGUCGCGGCCUGUGUCGGCAGUGUUGAUCCGACGUUUUCACAGUGGCCGGCCAGUUUGAAACCGAAUGUGAUUCAUGAUCCUGAUAAGGAGUCCAGAGAAGAGGUCGUCGAACUUACCGACAUGAUCUUCGAACGUCUUGUGGACUACUACGAACGAAACAAGCAAACGCCUGACCAGCUCAUUGUCUACCGUGAUGGCGUCUCGGAUUCACAAUUCAGCAUGUGCGCACACAACGAGUACACCAGAAUCUGCAAUGGUGUCGACAAAUUGUACGAAGCAUUUCCUGCCAUCAAUGUUCCUAAGCCGAAAAUCGUCCUUAUCUGUGCGGUCAAGCGCAACCAAACCCGGCUCUUUCCUGAUCCUGUCAAAAGCAAGCAGGCCCACAACCCUAUCAUCGGACGCACCAAACAGGGCGACAACGAGAAUCCGCUGCCGGGUUGCCUUGUCACAGAUCGAAUCACCUACGGCUAUGGUCAAGACUUCUUCCUGGUGAGCCAGAGAGCCAUCCAAGGUACAGCCAGACCAACGCAUUACAAUAUCUUGGUCAACGAACCCGGUUACACUCUGGAGCAGAUUGCAGAGACCACUCAUCAUCUAUGCUACCUGUUCGGCAGAUCCUCUCGCACGGUCGGAGUGUGUCCUGCUAUCUACUAUGCCGAUCUUGCUGCUGACCGUGCCCGGUGCUAUGUCCGCAAGUAUUACAAUCCCUAUCCAUCCCCUCGCGGGCAGGAACCGCCCCAAAGACAAGAGUACGAUGAGGCCGACUUCAAAGACUGCCUGAGACUUCAUGGCGACAUGAAGAAGACGAUGUUUUACAUCUAAGCGGCAAUGAAGCAGAGCCAGUAACUCAACAACGGCGUCGGGCGUGCUGAGAUGAACGACUCUGGCUCAACAAAGUUCCAUUUUCUCUUCUUUGACUGGUACUAUUUUCACGACAGCUUUCUUUCGGGUUAUUUCCUAUGUUUUCAUUGCAUUGUUGGAGUUCUUGGGCGUUUGGGUUGAUAUUGACUGUUUAUCAUUGGGAAGAAGAAAAACAGAAAAUGAAAGAGACCAUCAGGCGAAAGUCUCUUGGUCCAGAAAAAAAGUUGGGUGGAA